AUGGCACGCGCGCAAACGUUCUUCCCGUGUGUGGGUCAUUCCGGGACAGGUGAGCUUUCCGCCCUACUGGAGGCGAUUGCGUCCACGGAGCUGCGUGAAGAUGACAAGCUCAGGGAGCAGUCGCUGACCGCGAUGCGCGAGUGGAUCCGUCAAAAUGGACGACUUCACCGUUGCCGUACGGACGAUCGGUUUCUGUUGCGGUUCUUGCGCGUGAAGAAGUUCUCAGUGCCGCGUGCUUGUGAAAUGCUAGAACGCUACCUGACAAUGCGUCAGACGUAUCCGCGAUGGUUCGCACGGCUUGAUCCCGACGAUCCCGAUCUGGUGGCUGUGCUGGACGCUUGCUGUAUGCUACCGAUCGGGCGUGAUCCGUCUAGCGGUCGCAUAGUGAUCUUCGGUGUAGUACGGAACUUUGACGCGCAGCGAUACAACUCCGACACCAUGAUCCGGUUGAACAUGCUCGUUGCCGAAGCGUUGCUGGAUGAGGAAGCGAACCAGAUUGCCGGGUUUACACACAUCUUCGACAAUGGCGGUAUGACGAUGGCGCAUGUCACCUGCUGGACGUUGGACAACCUGGCGGGGUAUCUCCGGAGCGUCAUCAACUGUGUUCCGGUGCGUUUGAAAGAGAAUCACUUCGUCAGUGUGCCGACAUUCGCUGCUCAGAUCAGCAAGUACUGCUUGUCGUUUGCCAGCGAGAAGCUUCGCUCCCGUAUCCACUGUCACAGCACGGUGGAAGAGUUACGUGCGAAGGUGUCACCUGAGCUCCUGCCGCUAGAGUACGGUGGAAAGGGCCUCUCGCUGAAGGCUUUGAACGAACGGUUUCGGGAGUUCCUCCGGUCGAAGCGAACCACCCUGCUGGAGCUGGACGACAUGGAGAUCGAUCUGAAAGAUCCACGGGAAGCGUCCGUGCACGAGGACGUCGGUGAGGUGGUUGCGGACGGUGCCGCUGGAAGUUUCCGAAAGCUUUCGAUCGAUUAA